AUGGCUGAGAAGUGUGGAUCAGAGAAAGCAUCAAGCUCUUCACCGAACUUGACAUGUCCAUUAUGUCUUGAUAUAUUUGUCGAGGCGACAAUCUUACUUUCAUGUGAACACACAUUUUGUAGGCAAUGCCUCAAGAAAUACGAUCUAACCCACCAGGACCUUGAUCACAUGGUCUGUCCUCUCUGCAUGGAGAUCACCAAGUUGUACGCCAACCGUGUCGAUGAUCUCCGCCUCAAUGUCUCCAUCAACGGAUGCGUAGACGAUUACCACGCCAAGUGUGGAGGGAUGAAUGCUGUCCUUGAGAUGUGCCAGAAAUGGAAAUGCACCGCUUGCAAGUCUCUGAAAGACGCUGUAUCAUUCUGCAGAACAUGUAAUUGUUAUAUGUGUGAUGAGUGUCUGCAUUGUCAUCAACAUCUUACACUGUUGUUUGGAGAUCAUAAGAUCGUCUCCAUGGAUGAUGUCAUUAAAGGGAAGGUCAGCAUUGGUCAUUUAUUCGAGAAGUGCUCCAUCCACAAAACAGAGAAAAAGGAUAUGGUUUGUGAGGAUUGUAAGGUCCACGUCUGUCACAGGUGCGUACUUGUUGGUCAUAAAGCUCAUGAAAUCAAGGACCAGGUUGACUUUGAACAGGAGUUGCGACAUAAGGUGUCAGACCUUGCUCAGAGAUGUGCUGACGAGAAAGCAGAGCUGGAGAAGAACAUUCAGAACAUAGAAAUACAACGUCAUGAGGUACACACUGCAGUGCAGACCCUACUAGAUGAUGCCAGGCAAGCCUACAGUAUCAAGGCCAAGGAACUGGAAGAAAAUCUUCGAAAUCUCACCGAGCAAAUACAUGCCUUAGAACGUAGUUUUGAUGACGACCUCAACGUCUUGAAGUCAAAAUAUCGACAGAGGAUCAAGAGUAUUUGUAGUUCAAUUACUUUGGUAGAUAAUGACAGACUGGGUCAUCUUGAGACAGACACUCUAUCUGCUCAUAUCUUGCUCUGUGAGGAGCUGGAUACCAUGCUGAAGGAGGUUACUGAUCGCACUUCUGCGGAAGCUAUUAAGAAGAAAGCACAGGAGAUGAGGUUCAAACCAGCAGACGAUACUCGUCUUGACCUCGGGAGAAUAUCAGAAUUUACUGAUCAUCCAUCUAAGGCAGCCAUAAAGAAGAAAGCACAAGAGAAGAGGUUCAAACCAGCAGACGAUACUCGUCUUGAUCUCGUGAGUAUCGCAGGAUUAGAUCCCAAGAUGGAAGUCAUUCAGUGUGUUGAUCUACGGGGAGUGAUGCUCGGUAUGACAAGGCACUCCAAUAGCACUGUCGCUAUCGUGUAUGGGUGGUAUGCACGAGGUAUUGAUAUCAUUGAUUCAAAUGGUGGUAUGCAGCAGUAUAGAAACACACCCUUAAGUGACAUGAAAUGUUAUGAUCUGGUCUUGCAACGGGACGGGACGCUAUGCAUGUCUACUGGUAAAACAGAAGCCCACAUCUACUCUCCCCUCGGCUCCAGGAAAGCAACAAUCCGCGUGAGAAACAAUAUAUAUCUUCUCAGAGUUAACAGUAGUCCAUCAGAUGAAAUCAUCAUUACUAACGAUGGAAGACAAGUCUAUAUCUAUGAUCCGACAGGAUCCACUCUUAAGCACACUGUUCAAACAAAGCACUAUACGAGGCAGGCAUCUACCACCAGGACGGGUUUGAUCGUCACGAGUUCAUGUUGGGGCGAUCCACGCGUGGUGACGGUCUAUAACAGGGAUGGGAAUGCUGGUGAGUCUCUACAAGCUCCACGGGGUGUCUACAUGUAUGCUGCCGUGGAUGAGCAGGACAGGGUGUAUAUAGCGAGUGUUGAUUGGAAGAAUGGGAAGGUGGUGAUCAGGCUCUAUGAUCUUGAUGGUUUGAACCUGAGGGAAAGAGUUGAGUUCAAAGCACUUAAUAUGACAUUGGGUUGGAGUUGGUGUUACUUGGUUUCCCUCUCCCCAGACAUGCUCGCCUUUGCUUGUCACAAGAAGUUAUAUUUCAUCAAAGUAUCACUGUAAUCCACGUUAUAUCACACCAUGUAGUAUGGAAACUGACGUGCUUUCACCCUGCUACAAAUCUAC